GGAAGUGAAAACUUCUGACUUUCGUUUCCUUCGCGAAACUUUUAUUUAUUCCUGCGCCGUUUACGUCGGAAAGAGGAACUAAAAGCUGCAGAGCCGGAACGUGACAGAGGGACACAGGUGGUCCGCGCGCUUCUGUCUCUCAGGUGAACUGACUCUUCUGCCCGCGAGGACCCCCGCGCGAGGAACACGAUGGAGACAUGCAACAGAGAAGACGUGGCCGAGGAUGCUGGCCUGCUUGCAGCUCAGCCUCAUGGCGCCCUAAAUGAGCUGCUGAAUGUGGGGCAAGAAGGCAACACACAGGGCGAGAUGGAAGAGUUUCUUGGCCCGCAGGCAGAGUACAAUGAAGAGGAGGAGGAGAGGAAAUACUACAGGAGGAAGAGGCUGGGAGUCAUCAAGAAUGUUCUCGCAGCCAGUUUUGCAGCCAUGAUUGUGUACAGUGUGUACAUGGGCCUACUGCAGAUGCAGCUGAUCCUCCAUUAUGAUAUGACAUACCGUGAGGUGAAGUACAGCAACCUUGGCCUGGUGGACAUCGACCGGAAGAUGCUGAUGGGCAUCAACGUCACUCCCAUCAUAAGCCUGCUGUACACCCCUAUACUCAUCAGGUUCCUGGGCACUAAGUGGAUGAUGUUCCUGGCUUCGGGAAUCUACGCACUGUUUGUCUCAACCAAUUACUGGGAGCGUUACUACACCUUGGUUCCGUCAGCCGUAGCUAUCGGCGUGGCCAUUGUGCCGCUUUGGGCCUCUUUGGGAAAUUACAUCACGAGGAUGGCGCAGCAGUACUAUGAGUACGUCAACUACAAAGAAGAGCACGUGCAGGAGCAGAAGAAGCUUCCUAAGGGAGCGUGCCACAGCUACAUCAUCGUCUUCCAGUCAGUCUUCAACAUCAUCUUCCAGCUGAGUUUUGUCUUCGCCGAGUUCCCCAUGCUGUUCGUCCUCAACGGCUACCUGCAUGGCAACGAUCACAUUCUCAACAAUGUCAAAACUUGUGGAGCAAACAUCAGUGGAGUGAUCCCGGGCUUCAACACCACCGUGCUGACCAACCUGCCUCGCUCCAUGCUGCUCAUCCAGGUGGAGAGUGUCCUCAUGGGCUUCGCCUUCCUCGCCAUGAUCAUUUUCCUUGUGCUGUGCGGUGCUGCCUACCGUCCGACGGAGGAGAUCGACCUUCGCAGUAUCGGCUGGGGAAACAUCUUCCAGCUGCCGUUCAAACACCUGAGAGACUACCGCCUGCGACUGCUCUGCCCCUUCUUCAUCUACAGCGGGUUUGAAGUGCUGUUUGGGGUCACUGGAUUCUCCCUGUCAUAUGGCGUCUGCGUUUUGGGCCUGAAAAAACUGUGGCUCCUUAUAGUCGUCUAUGGCCUCUCCUCCUCCGUCUUUUCCUCCCUCUCCCUUUGCCUCCUGCGCCUCCCACGCUGGCUGUGUCUGGCGGUGGGUGCUGCUGUGCAUGCGGUGCUGCUGGUGGUCCUCCUGGCGCUGCCUCUGCCCCCUAACAAACCGGAGUAUCUGGGCCCCCUGCUGGUGAUCUCGGCGCUGUGGGGACUCGGCACGGCCCUGAACAAGACGGGCGUCGGCACGCUGCUCGGUAUGCUGUACGCCGAGGAAAAAGAACGUCUGGACUUUGUCUACACCAUCUAUCACUGGUGGCAGGCCAUCGCCAUCUUCAUAGUCUACCUCUGGUCCAACCUGCCAAUGAGGGCCAAGCUCUCCAUCCUGUUGGCCACUUUAUUACUGGCCUGUUACUGUUAUUGGGUGAUGGAGCAUCGUCUGGCCAACAAAGUGCCUUACAGACUGCCUCGCAUCCCUCGGCCACGGCACAAGGUCAAAGGGUACCGCUACCUGGAAGAGGACAACUCAGAUGAGUCAGACUCUGAGAGAAGUGAGGUGGAUGACGAAGAGAAUGAGGAGGAGGAGGACGAGGAGCAUGUGGUGGAGGAGAUUGGAGCAGAAGACAGGGAGGAAGAAGGCCAAGAAGCAGGGGUCCAGGGAGCUGACUCAGACGGAGCCAGGCGGAGAGGGGCCGAGGGUCAACGUCGCAGACGGGACGACACGAAGGAGGGGGAGAGGGAGGACCGUGAGGGAGGGUGAGAGAGGAGGAGAAGGAGGAGAAAAGAGGGGAGGACAGAUCACAGAUGUACAGAAGCGGAAGAGAGAUGAGAUACGCUGGAUGUUGUUGUGUUCAUGACUCCAUUCAUAUUUUUACAGAUAUUUACACUUCAUAUAAUUCUUAUAGACACCAAACAAAAGCUCUAAUUACAUAUUCGACUAUAAUCACAAGAGUGAUCCAGAAGAGAGGCUACAGAAACUGGAAAUACUAUGUGCUAUUUAAUAAUCGGUACAACAAUCUUAAAAGGUAGUGCACACCUGAUAAAACACGUGUCCUACUCAGAGUACGACAAGAACAACCAUGUUUUUUCCAUUGCGGCGCAGUUUGUGGCUCAUAUUUGCAAAAGAUGUUGAUAAUUAUAGACGGCACUGCGAUUGCUUUUGUGCUUCAUCUAGUAGAAACCAUAUUCUGAGGCAUACACUCUGGUUUCAUUUUAUAAAGAGCACUUAUCUGAACAGAAAGAGCUGAAAAUGACAAAGAAAAGAGGAAUUGAUUUUCUGAGUUCAUUCUCAGGGUGAAGUGUGUUUUGAUGGAGUGAUUUUUAGAGAGUCUGGACCUGCUGAAUGUGAACAGCGUAAGCAGCCCUAGCUAUAUUUCUUCUUCAGUCUUUAUGUACCUUCAACCCCUUCAUUUAUGCACAUUUCAAGCUGACUAUAGCUAUUAUCACACAUGUGUCUGUUACCUGAUGUGUUUCUUGUGAGAAGUUAAACAGGAUGUUUGCAUAAGUUUAAUAUGAAUGUGAGUGUAUGUAUGUUUAUGCUUUAAUAUAGCUCAGUAUCCAACAGAUAGGGGCCACCAGUCCUUUAGGGCCAGUCCCACUAAAGUAUGCAUUUUGGUAAACAGUGACCUUAAGUUAUAUAUUACAGGUACUAAUACGUUAAUUACAUUACUAAGACUAGCUAUGUGUUUUAAUAAGUAAUCUACAGGCAUUCAGCCACGAUAGCUGAACGAUGUGAGCUAAAUACUCACAUAGUUCUCAUUACCUGCUGUUAGCAUGCUGGCAUGCUUGCGGAUAUGUGCUAAAUAGCACUAAUCACUGAGUACCGCUGAGGCUGAUGGGAAUGUCCUUAGUUUUGCAGGUUUAUGGGCAAAAACCAACAAAAGUAUUGAAUAAAUUAAAAUUUCAACCUGAUGAUGGAUGAAAAAUGUAUUCUGAGGUGAACAUGAGGUGGACAUCUUGUUGUUCAGACAUUUCGCUUAAAACUACAAGUGUCAACCUGCUGGUGGCGCUAGAGGAAAAGUCAGGUGAUAGCCAUUAGGAUUGUGUUUUAGUUUGUGAUUGUGUGGUAUAGUAUGUGAUAGUCAUUGGGAUUUAUGGCCUGAUGACCAUUAAUAUCUGGACAAAAUUUCACAGCGAUCUGUCCGAGCGCUGGUCCAGAAACCAACAUAAUCAAAGCAAAUAAAGUCAGAUUAUGCUUUGAAACUGCACACGUAUCAGGACGUCGACAUGCCAUUAAAAGUGUAUUUAUUUAAGGCCUCAAAACGUAUUAAAAGCACUUACACACAGUUAUUAUUAGAAAUCAUAUUUCAUCAUGCUGCAGCUAUGCUUGUGCUGAAUUCCUGCUCCUAAUAGGCCUUUUUCAUGAAAGACAUUUUGACGGGUCACAGCAGAAAUGCACAGCUGUACACAGGAAGACAGUUAAUGAUGGCUGGAUUCCAUUUAGCUGCUUCACUUUCAGGCUGCUGGCUCACUGUCACACUGUGAGGGCUUACCGCGACAGCUGAACGGAGCAGAGCCGUUGUUAAUGUUAACAGUGACAGUGACGUCUGCGGUGAAACUGGCCUGCUAAUCGCAACAUGUUUACGAAUUUGGAGGCCUGCUAUUGGAUGAUUUAGUGAUUGUGAGGGAAUGUGUAGAUGUCAUUAUGUACAAAACCUAUAUGCUAUCCUUACUGUACUUUGCUGUGUGUAGCUGUCACUUCACCCUGUCUUUUGUGUUGCUGACCAUUUCCAGUUUCAAGUCCUGUCCUGUUCAGUUGGAAAUCACCUUUUUCUAUGUUUCGUUUGAAUUGGUUUGAACAAAUCUGCUUGAUGUUGCAGUGAUCCCUGUGAAGUUGUUCAAUAAUGUCACGUCAUGUUCCUCUCUUAAACCCUGUGAACUUCUUUGUUGCUGCGUGUAUUCACAUAAUUACACUUUGUACUUCUCUCUUGAUCCCACCUGUACAUACAACCACAGACUGUUGAA